UCUGAAAAUUUAUCAUCAUUUUCCCUUUACAUGCUUUCUUUUACGUCAGCUCACCUGUCCCUUCUCUUUUAUUUUCCUUCCACCAUUUUCCGCUCCCACUCGGCAACUGCGGAAGCUUACCAAGCACUUGACCCGUUCCUGAAAAAUAAUCGGGGACCACCAAAACUGAGGCGGUUAAAUACUUCAGGGGAAGGAAAGGUCAACUUACUCGGAAGCAAAAGUAUCAAUUCAGUUUUGAACCUUCACCCAGGUCUACAAGACAAUGCCGACCCGGUUCUCUAAGACCCGUAAGCACCGCGGACAUGUUUCCGCUGGUUAUGG